AUGAGUUCUCGCCAAGAUCAGCUCAAGUCGCUAAUCGAAAAGUCGUGCGACCCACCGCCCGCUUCAGACGAUGGGUAUGGGACGGCGUCCAAAAGUGGGUCUAGCAACCAAGGGUUUCCCUCCCAGCUGGUGGCCGCGCGUGGCCGCGCAAAACUUAUCUCACAGUUGAUGAAGUCAUCGCCAACUCAACCUCCGGCUGGAGACAGCUCGCUGGAGGAUACGAUGAGUAAUCUAAGCAUCGGUAGCCGGGGGCGCUUCGUCCAGCAUAUGAUGUCCAUGAAAAAGUCGCUGACCCCGAGCGAGCUACCGAAACCGUCCGCCGAAGUCGCGGCAUCUACGUCGAAAGCGGCAUCGAUAGAAGCAACCGCCCAGCAACCCCCGGAAGCGACUGUGCCGACCGAACCGGUCAUUCGAACCGGAGAAAGCGGCACCCCGGUCAUGCUGGCAACCAACUUCAUGAAACUCAAGCGUAGGGAGGGUUGCGGAGUGUUCCUGUACACGGUGGACUUUGAGCCCAUGGUGGACUCGAGGGCGGCACGCCACAACUGUAUCGAGCAGAACGCCAAAAACUUUGGCGGGUCGCACACCUACUCCGGCAACAUGAUGAUGCUGUCGAGACAGCUGAAAGCUCCCGUGACAACGUACACGGCUCGCCAUCCGCACGAAGGUACCGAGGUCCGGCUGGAGGUCACUUUUCGGGGGGAGAAGCGUUUGAGCGAAAGUACAUGGUUCUACAACAACCUGUUCAAGCGCCUGAUGCACAUCCUGCAGCUCACGACGAUCGCUCGCGGGAACUUCGAUCCGUCGCUGUCCCGCAUCAUCCCGCACCAGCGGCUCGAGGUGUGGCCCGGUUUCGUGACAGCCGUGAGC